AUGCGGGACAUUUCCCAAGCCCAGCGAUAUUUUUGGGCCAUCUCUCGCAGAGCCAUUUUCGACUUUACUACCGGCGACAGCGACGGAACGGCCCCGUGUCUCAAUGCUGCCUGCCAUCUGAUGCAAGGGCCGACAAAUGGAGCACCGGCGGUGCCCACGCCGGCCCCCAUCCACACCGACAACCCGAAAUAUGGCGCUUUCAUGGACGUCGUCAAGUUGUUGAAGCCGUUGAUGAACACCACGAUCGACCCGUGCGACGACUUCUACGCGUUCACCUGUGGCAGCAUGGACGCCAGCAUGGAGAUGUCGUUCGACGUCUCCGACAACGACAACGCGCUGAAGAUGGCCCGGCAGUUCCGGAAGCAGUACUACCUCGAUAUUUCGCCACUUCCGGUCAAGCAGGUCGCCUGGUACUUCCAGGCCUGCCGUGCGGCCAAUUUGAAUCCGGAUUCGUUCCAGAAUGGCGCGCCUUUGGUUCAGGCCCUCGCCAAUCUUCAAGCCAACGUGCCCGGCGUUCCCUUCCCGGCCCUCAACCAGACGGUCACCAACGUUCAAGCGUUGAGCCCGGCCCAACUCGGCGGUCUCGUCGGCUACCUGGCCGGCUCGGAGGGCAUCCCGACGCUGCUCACCCCGUUUGCCGACACGAAUUGGCGUGAUCCGCACGGCCCGCAGCCGUAUUCGCUGUUCAUCGACCAGCCAUCGACCAUCUACGGCUACACCUACCACACCAAAGCCUACGAUCUAUUCCACGACACUUUCGUCAACACCAUCAAGGCCAACCUGCGCGCCCUGGCCAAGGUGAUGAACAUGCCCGCGCUGAACGAGAACAAGCUGGACAGCGACGCGAAGGCCAUGGUCGACUUUGAGCACCAACUCAUCCUCGCCUACAGCACGGACGACACGACGAGGCGCCAGUACAAGCGCAGCUACAACCCGGUCACCCGCAACAACGUCACCGCCAUGUUCCCCUUCAUCGACUGGCGCACGUUUUUGGCGCAUACAAUCGCCCCCGCCGGUGCCGACGUCUACUACAAGGUGGUCCACGACGAGAACUACCCCUUCCUCCUCGUCGAGCCGGGCAAGUUGAUGCAACUCCAGGCCGACUUCCCGUCGUUCGACCAGCGCGUCGUGGCCAACUACUUGUACUACCGGCUGGUAGAUACCUACGCUGGGUAUUUGCCUGCUCCGAGUGGAGAUGUUGUUCGUGGCACUGAGGGUGAGGACUGGGAAAAGCCGACGCUCUACAAGCCAACCCUUGGCCGCCCCCGUCACAUCAGCCCCGACCAGAAGCGCUUCACGAAAACCGACGGCUACACCGACGACCAGGUGCUCGACAUCAAUUGUGCUGGGGAGACGACCUUCAUGCUGCCGUACGCCAACGCCCGCGCCUUUGUCGACAACAUCUACCCAACCCAGGCCGACCGUGACGCCAUCCGCUACAACGUCCGACAGCUUGCUGAGAGCAUUCUCAUCGGUUUCCGUGGAAUGAUCGACCAACUGUCGUGGAUGUCCCGUUCCACCAAGCAGGGCGCUUUCGCCAAGAUCGAGAAUCUGGUGAAGAACAUUGCGUUCCCGGACUGGAUCACCGACGACAAGCAGCUCGCCGACUACCACUUGACCCUCGACAUCAAGCAAAACGACGACUACGUGACAAUGGCGCAAAAGGCGAACGCCUUCAACCUGCAGAUGGGCUGGCUGUACCUCCUCCGCAGCUCCGGCUCCGACCGCGUCGAUUUCAACGGCCCGCCCGGCACCACGAAUGCCUGGUAUCAGCCCGAGCUGAACUCGAUCACGUUCCCGGCUGCCAUCCUCCGCCAGCCCUUCUACGACCCGAACUGGCCGGCGGCGAUGAACUUUGGAUCGAUGGGAGUCAUUGCCGGUCACGAGCUGACGCACGGCUUCGACGACGAGGGAGUGCAAUGGGAUGGGACUGGUGGCCUGAAUGGAUGGAUGGACCAGAUGUCCUCCUACUACUUCAGCGAAAUGGCCGAUUGUGUCGUGCAGGAAUAUUCGGGCUUCUGCCCCCUGCCCGCCAACUAUUCCACGGCUGCCUGUAUCGACGGAGCGCAGACGCAGGGCGAGAAUAUUGCCGAUAAUGGAGGUAUCCACUCGGCGUUCCGCGCCUACAAGGCCUACGUGAACCUCCACGGCCCGGACCCGCUGCUCCCCGACGACGACUUGUCGCAGUUGACGGCUGACCAGCUGUUCUUCAUCGCUUUUGCGCAGCCCUGGUGCCAACUUCCGCCGACGGCUCAGCGUGAGAUGCGGCAGCUGCUUGUAGACGUGCAUUCGCCAUCACUUUAUCGUGUCUUUGGAACUAUUCAGAAUUUCCCGGCAUUUAAGACCGCCUACAACUGCCCGUACAACACGAAAUACGCCCCCGAGAAGCACUGCAACGUGUGGGUCUCCGACGUCAAGCAGUCCACCGGCAUCCCGGCCAUCGGCAACGAUCUCAACAUCCCCACCGCCGCCCCGAUUGCCCCUCGCAACCUCUCCGUCUACGCGGCUUACCAACAGGCCACGGACUUCUUCGCCGCCUCCGUCGACCUCACCGCCGACCCGUGCAACGACUUCUACAAGUACUCCUGCGGAAACUACAAGGGAGUGGUCAGCUUCCACCUCGCCGACGAGAAGAACAAGGCCCAGAUGGCGACGAAGCUGAUGGAUCCGGCAUAUGAUCCGAUCAUUCAGAGCUCGGCCGCCCUCAAGAAAACAAAACAAUUCUUCCAAGCCUGCCAAAAGGCGGCCCCCAACAUGGCCAACGACCUGAAGACGCUCGACCUCGUCAAGCCAAAGGUCGACGCGCUCAAGGCAAAGCUUGGAGCUGACUUCACCGCCGUCUUCAGCCAGAUAAACCCAGUGACCGUUGCCCCAACCCCCACCCAGCUCGCCGACGCUCUCGCUUAUCUGUCCUUCACCCUCGGCGUCGACACCCUCAUCUCUCCGAUGGUGGACACGAACUGGAAGAACCCGGAAACCGGAUACUACCUCCAUGUGGACCAGAACACGGCCUACUACUCGAAAUCCUACUACCAGCCCGGCGCCUUCCAAAUCAUCCAGCCCACCUAUCUGGCCAACGCCCGGACCCUGUUGACGAACUUUGCCACCAGCCAGAACCUGAGCCUUGAUCCCAAUGCGCUGACCAAGGUGCUCACCGACGUCAUCAACUUCGAGCAGCUCCUCGCCACGACGUACAGCACCGACGACACCACCCGGCGUCAGUACGCCAGGAGCUGGAACCCUAACGCGAUCUCGGACUUGAACAACAACUACCCAUUCCUGGACUGGACCACGUACUUCAAAAAUGUCCCAGCCAUCGGUGCACUCGCCGCCGACAAGAUGGUCAACAUCAUCGAGCCCGACCAGUUCAAGAACCUCAGCUCGACGCUGGCCAAUAUCGCGUCACCGGAUGUGCUGGUCAACUACCUGUAUGUGAGGAUGGUGUUGGCUUAUCAGGACUUGGUGCCGAGCUACGGCCAGGGGAGGAUUGUCGAGCCGAAGGAGUGGCGUGGACUGGGGAGGAGCAGGAGAUCGACACAGGGCCAGAAGAAUGUCAUUCCCCUAAUGAGUGAUGUCUCUGAUGUUGAUGUUGGAUGUGCUGGAGCCACGCUGGAUUUGAUGCAGUUCUCGAACGGACGUGUCUUUGUUGAUGUCCUGUAUCCGGAUCAGGCUGCCAAGGAUGUGAUCAGGAAAACCGCCGGCGGGCUCAUCUCGAACGUGCUGAACGCGUUCCACGGAAUGCUGGACGCCCUCGACUGGAUGGACGACGACAGCAAGAAGGGCGCCUACGACAAGGUCCUCAAUAUUGCAAAGAACGUCGCCUUCCCCGAUUGGAUCACCAACAAUGACCAGCUGGACGCGUACUACCAGCAGUUGAACUUGGCCGCUGAUGAUAGCUACUACACGAUUUUGGACAAGUUGACCGCCUUCAACCUGUGGGCCCAGUACAACCAGCUGACCUUCACGAAGACCGACCGCCACGACUUCUUGGGACAACCCGGAAUUGUGAAUGCUUGGUAUCAGCCGGAGCUGAACUCGAUCACAUUCCCCGCCGGAAUCCUUCGACCCCCGUAUUUCCACCCCGAAUGGCCGGCUUCUCUCAACUACGGAGGCAUGGGACUCGUUGCCGGGCACGAAUUGACGCACGGAUUUGACGACGAGGGAGUGCAAUGGGAUGGGACGGGUGUGCUGAACGGGUGGAUGUCAACUAACAGCACCAUCGGCUUCACCACGAUGGCGCAGUGCAUCAUUGAUGAAUACCGCAGCUUCUGCCCCCUCAAAGGCACCACCUACCAGCCCCAAUGCCUCAACGGUCAGAACACCCAGGGAGAAAACAUUGCCGAUAAUGGAGGAAUCCACUCCGCCUACCGUGCCUUCAAGACUCACCAAAACCUGAACGGGCCCGACCCGCUGCUCAACGACCGCAUCUUCGGGCAAUUCAACCACGACCAGCUGUUCUUCUUGAACUUUGGACAGGUUUGGUGCCAAGAGCAAGAAAGCCCGGCCGCCUAUUUCCGCCAAAUCCUCGUCGAUCCGCAUUCCCCAGCCAACUACCGUGUCUUCGGCACCAUCCAGAAUUUCCCGGCCUUCCGCUCGGCAUUCAACUGCCCCGCCAACUCGGCCUAUGCCCCCGCUGAUCAUUGCCAAGUCUGGGUACCCACCUCAACACCA